AGGUGUGUUGUGUGUUGCACCACAAGUUUCUUGUUAGGCCUAUGUACAAAGAGUGCUGUGUUGAACACGGUGUGUUGCGUGUUACACAACAUGCUUCUUGUAAAGUAGGCAUACAAAGGGUGCUAUGGGGAACAAGCCAUGAGAAAAAAGUUUGCUGUACAAGACAAAAUGAAGACAUAUUCCCCAAGGUUAUGUCCCUUAUAAGAUUGGCAAAAGGAAAAUCCAUCAUACAGUGUGACUAGGAUAUCAGCUCAGUGUCAAGUUGACCCAAGAUCACACAAUGUUGACAAAGAUUUUACAAGGUAAAAGCCUAGUACAACUGUGGCAGAAAAUGUACUGUGGCCAGUCUCAGUCUGGAACUUGUAGCCAAUGUCAGCACAUGAGGAUCAUCUGCUGGUGCCACACUCCGAGCCUCUGCUGGAGGUCAGAGCAGGUGGAGUACAGGUACCUCAGGUUCUGUCAGGUCAAGGACCUUCUUGAAGAUUUUAUUUAUGGGAUGGAGUUCAUGGACACAGUAGAUGGUGACCAGAGCCUGGAAUGCUGCCCCAAGAAACAUCGGCACCAUGAGUUUGUAGACGUGAAGAAACUGACCCUUGCCCACCUGCCCCAUGACCUUAGGCAUGCGAGCGUACUUGUCUGGUUGAAGUACUGCGCACUUCUCGUUGUUAAACUUAAAAGAGUCACCAGCAAUGGGAAAGCUACUGGCCGUGUGUGUUUUGUUGUGAGGGAGCGCGGGAUUGUGAAAACAUGCAGCAGCAACAAGUGUCACAUUGAGGAUCCACAUGAGGUGUAUGGCGGCAUCAGCAUCAUCACCAACAUGCAUGUCGUCAAGAAUGACUUUGAUGCAUCUCGAACAACUGUAGAGUUUUUCUAUGACGACAAAGAAAGCCCUCCCCAUACAGAACAAGGAAGUAGCAUCACACUGACUAAACGAGAGAUGGACUAUGGUGUGUUUAGUUGUUACGUGCAUAACAAAGAUCUAGUUGGUAAACUCAUGUUAGUUGAUGAAAUAAAACACUACGCCUGGCUGCAAAUUCCUGCGGAGUUGAGAAAAAUUUCUAAAGAUUAUGCUAUCAUUAUUUCUCACCCCCACGGGGAGAGCAAAAAAUUCAGCUUCGGGAAAAUUCUGGAUAGAGAAAUCUUGUGGAACAGUGAGCAGCUUGAAAACAACAGAGUGCUGCAAAAUAUGUUCAACACUUUAGAGACCUUACAGGAACCAGUCCUGACCUGGUUCUCUGUGUUUAUCCAGGAGUUCAUCAUGUCACGAGAGAUCAAAUUACCUCAUAAAAGGACCAGGUACGACACCGCCACCUGUAAGGGAAGUUCAGGCGCACCUGUCUAUAUGGGGAGUGUUGUGGAGGAAAAUGGACGAGAGAUAAAUCUACCACACACACAUAGGGGUGUGGAUAGAGAAGUCUUUAACAUUAGUUUCACAUGAUGUGUAUAGGUCUUUAACAUUAGACAUAAUGUGGUUACAGAGGUCUCUAACAUUGGUUUCACAUGAUGUGGAUAGAAAGGUCUUUAACAUUUGUUUUACAUGAUGUGGAUAGAAAGGUCUUUAACAUUUGUUUUACAAGAUGUGGAUAGAAAG